AUGUCAGUUAUUCCCGGUAGCUCAGCCGAUUUCCAGGAUCCAUCAUUCUGGGAGGAAUUUUACAAGGCUUCCAAUGAUUCUUUCGAAUGGUAUGGUGAUUUCAAGACUUUUGGGCGCGUUUUGAUCAAAUAUUUAAAAUCAACUGACAAAAUUCUACAAAUUGGAUGCGGCAAUUCGGAAUUAGCAAGUCAGCUUUACGAUAAUGGUUAUCGAAUAAUUGAUAGUAUCGAUAUUGAUGAAGGAGUCAUCAAGGAGCAGGUUGCCAAGAACUCAUCCAGACCGGGAUUGCAAUUUAUAUGUUGCUCUGCAACAAAAAUUGACGCACCAGACGAAAAGUACAACGUUAUCCUGGACAAGGGGACGCUCGAUGCGCUAGUACCAUUGGCAUGUGAAGACGUGGUGGAAAAUGUGGAAAAAAUGUUUUCAGAGAUAUGCCGGGUGCUUACAGUUGGAGGUCGAUACAUUGUCCUUACUCUUGCUCAAAAACACGUGCUCAAUUCAUAUAUGCCAUUUUUUUUGAAACGGAAGAAUUUCAUUAUACGGGUUGAAAAAAAUAUUGAUGCCAAUUGGAAAUUUCCUUUACCAGUGUUUUUGCUUAUCGCGACGAAACUUCGUGUUUCUCUUCCUUCACCAUAUAUGGAGUUGAUACUUUCAAUAGAAAAGAAAGCGGCUAAAUUCUCAUGUUUGGAAAGCUUGAUCAAUGCGAUAAAUGCUGAGCAAGAAUUCUCGCGAUUUCGCCAUCUCUGUUCCAAAAAGUUGGAAGACGAAGUGAAUUUGACACUACAUGGUAACGAUGAAAAACCGCGAUAUCAAAUAGCAGUUCUAGACGAUCCUGAAGUCAAUGAAUUAAAUUCCUUUGCCGUCUUCAUCGUUCCGGUUGGCAGAGAUCAUGACUGGUUUUUCGCUACUGAAAGAGGGCGUUUAUCAUUACGCAAACAGUGUUGUAAGGACCGGUUGGCAGUUGUUACACUUUAUCGUGAUCAAAAAUAUGAAAGUAUGGAGCAGGUCAAGGAUGAAUUGGGUCCAUAUGUAAUUCAGCUUACUCCAGCAUCUCUGCUUCAGAAAAUUGAGCAUAAGUCAGUGGUUGAAUUUCUUUCACUCGGCAAAAUUGAUGUUAAGGAAACACGUGCUUCGGGGCAUUCCGAUGUCAACGGGCCAUGGGCAGUGGAGGAUGUUCGCAUACAAACUUCUCUCUAUCGAAGACUUGUUUUUUUGUCUGCCCAAAAUCUAGUACAGUCUGAAGCUAAAUUGAUUCGAAAUAAAAGAGGUUGCGAAAUUGUGGAUUUGCAUUCACUAGCCUCGGAAUAUCACGAAGCGAUGCUGGUGGCAUUACCUUUCAUGUUACGUCCUGGUGAAAGAUUGAACCAAUCGACCAAAUCACGACUGCUUAUUCUUGGAUUAGGUGGUGGUGUUCUUCCUUCCUUCCUGCACCUCAAAUUUCCUUCAAUGUCUAUUGUAGCUGUAGAAUUGGAUCAGAAGGUUGUAGAAAUUGCAAAAAAUUGGUUUUCUUUUAACAGUGACUCGCGUUUGUCCGUUGUGAUCAAGGAUGCUCUGACAUAUGUUGAAGAACUAGUGCAACAAGAAAAUCUUACGGAUAUUUUAGCAAAAUUUUGGCACAUUAAAGUUUCAGAUGAAUCACUUCUAUUUGAUGCUAUAUUCAUUGAUGUAGCUGGAAGUAAGCACGAAGAUGGACUAAGCUGUCCAUUACCGUCAUUUGUAACGGAGGAAGCUCUGAACAAGAUGUAUGCUGCGCUUCGUGAAAGAGGAGUACUGGCUCUGAAUCUGGUAACUCGGAACGACGAUAUUGCUCGACAAAUUAAAGAUCGCAUUUUAUCGGUCUUUUCUCAAUAUUAUAGCCACUGCAGCGAAGAGGACAUAAAUCAGGUUUUGGUCUGUCCAAAAGUACGGAAGAGCAUAUAUGAGGCUCGAAAGAUCUGCGAUAUUUACAAAAGAGACAAAAGUACACUGCGAAAUUUACCCUCAAAUCUUUCGGCGUUGAAAUUUUAUGCCAAACGAACCAAGUGA